AAGAGACGGAUCUCGUCAGGUUGCGGACAGAGAAUUUCACCAUCGCCUUCAAUGAAAGACUGAAACAAACUGGAUGUAUUUGCCAUUCUGGGAUCAGAGGGAAGUCGGACCAGCCGAUAUUUUUCGAUCAGACGGGAUUUAAUACCAUGGAUGCCAUAGAUCACAGCACAGACCCGAGAUCUACAGGCAGAGAUUGCAAAAGAGUACAAGGACUGCUUCACCAAGAGGUGGAAGUGUUGGGGAGUUUGGAGCCGAGGUUCGGUGAUGGCGAGGGAUGGAGGCUGGUGGACGUUGUCCUCACCGGCGGGGCGCCGUGGGGGUUCACGCUCAGAGGAGGUCGGGAGCACCGCGAACCUCUCCUCAUAACCAAGGUGGAGGAAGGCAGUAAGGCAGCAGCCGUCCGGCUCCAGGUUGGUGAUGAGAUCGUCAACAUCAACGAGAUCCCGCUGAGCGGCUAUCGGCAGGAGGCCAUCUGCCUGGUCAAGGGCUCCCACAAGACCCUGACGCUGGUGGUUAGAAGGCAGAUGAAAAUGGUGGAUAUUGUGUCACAGAAAAUGCCCUCAGAAAGUGACGUUCAUGUGGCCAGGAGCUUUCUUACCAAGAUUUUGCGCAGUUCUAUGAGGAGAAACGAACCCGCGAGCAGACCACACUCCUGGCACUCGACCAAGCUCACCGAGAGCCAAUCAGAAGCUGUGAAAACGCAGUCAACGCCCGCGCCAGUCUGGCAGGCCAGAUAUGAUGCAAGUUCAUCCUCCAACGACCUCUCGGGCGGCUGGGACCAGACAAACCUGCGGCGAGUGUCAGAUCAGUUCAGCUCCCUGGGCAGCAUGGACAGCCUAGAGCACUCGCACCCCUACCUGCCGGGACGCCUCUCCCCGGCCAAGUCCAGCAAUAGCGUGGAGCACCUGGGGGGUGGGGGCGGCGGUAGCAAGCGGGACUCCGCCUACAGCUCCUUCUCCACUGCCUCCAGCACGCCGGACUACACCCUCUCCAAGAGCAACGCUGCCUCCACCGAGAACAUGCUGUACAAGGUGGGGCAGUGGGAGGCAGGGGGCCGGCACAGCAAUGGGAGGCACAGCCAGGGGGUGGGGGUGGGGGCGGGGGAGGGCGGGCGCCCGGACUACCUGCAGCUGCCCGGGGGAGGCGGGGGGCGGGAAAGCCCCCGGGGCGAGGAGCCGCCGGGGUCCCGGCUCUGCCCCUCCUCCGGGAGGUCCAACAUCGGCCCCGUCUGGCACGUCCCCGAGAAGAAGAAGGCCAAGGCCCCCUCCCCUCCCCCGCCCCUCCCCCCAGUGCGCAGCGACAGCUUCGCUGUGACCAAAGUUCACGAGAAAGGGCUGGUCAUCCCCUACCCCGAGGCACAGGCACAGGGCCGGGGGGCCGACCGGGGGUUCCUGGAGGGCCCCGAAGGCGGCCAGAGGGGCCACCACUUGCCUGAGAGGGUUCCCGACUCCCGUCACAGCUACGUCCCGCCCUCCAAAAACGACACCCUCCACCCCUACGCCCCAGCCGACAGCGGCUACAGCAGCAACAACCAGUUCAACUCCAGCAAGCAGUACUCUCUGUCCAGCACGGACGUGCGCCUGGGCCAGCCCCCGUACGCCUACGCCCCCCAGCACCAGCGGCAGUACAGCGAAGAGAGCACCUUCUACCCUCAGCCCCGCGUGGCGUCAGCGCCCAAACCCGCGGGCACGGGCGGCUGCUACUACAGCAGCAUGCAGGAGCUGCCCACCAACCCCGCCCACCUGUGCGGCCAGUCCCAGGCGCGCGCCUCCAGCGCCUCGCUGUCCGCCGAGCCGCCCGCCGCCGACCACGGCCCGCACAGCCGCUACUACUGCGUGACGGCGCGCCAGCCGCUGCAGAGCGUGGCGCAGGCCUCGCUGGUGAAGGUGGAGGGCUGGAGGAGCGACCCCGCCCCGCCCCCCGGCUCCCAGAAGCCCCACAAGCCCAAGCACCCGCCCAGCGCCCAGCCGUGCCCCGACGCCGAGGACAGCAACGGGCACUGCCCGCUCCCUGACCGGCCGGGCGCGCUCAUGGACACCCUGGUGCCGAAGCCCUACGGGGAGGAGAGGGCGGGGCCGAGGAGGGGCUGCGGGUACGGCGCCGAGAGCCACUACAUGAGCUACCCCCCCAGCAAGCACAGCGAGCAGAAGAGCGGCGCGGCCGGCCAGCAGAGGCGGCCCCAGCACGACCCCUGGCUGUCCCGGGAGGAGGGCGCGAUCUGCCCCCAGAAGACCCCGAUGCUGCACCGCCUGUCCCAGGACGGCAUGGGGGGGCCGGGCGGAGAGGAGGGCGGCCCCCACGCGGGCCCCGAGCCCCUGAACGGCAAGCAGGUGCGGCGCAGCGACCGCUUCGCCACCACCCUGCGCAACGAGAUCCAGACCAAGAGGGCGCAGCUGCAGAAGAGCCGCAGCGCCGCCACGCUGUCGGCGGCCGGCGAGGCCGAGGAGGACGCCGAGGCCUGGCGGGCGGAGUCAGCGGGCGCCUCCGCCUCCUCCUCCUCCGACGGCUCAUUCUCCAGCACCUACAAGGACCAUCUGAAAGAGGCGCAGGCCCGCGUGUUGCAGGCCACCUCCUUCAGGAGGAGGGACCUGGAGCCGCCGUCGCAGGAGCACCCUGCGGCAGACGCCGGGCCGGGGUACCCCUCCACCCGCAAAGAAGCUGCCGCGCCCCUGCCCGGGCUCGCCGAGGCCCUCCCGAGCAAGCCGGGCGGAGCCGGCGCACCGCUGUCCCGGAUCGGCGGCCGCAAGCGCUUCCCCAUGGAGAAGAGGGUGCGCUCGUUUUCGGAGCCUGACAAGAUCAACGAGGUGGGCGUGGAGGAGGACGCGCCCCGCUCCGAGGCCGCCGGCUCUCUCGCCGACCGCCGCAAGGUGUUCGAGGCCACCGGCAAGCCGGCGUUUUCCAAACCCGUGCCCAAACAAGCCCUGCAGGGCUCCUCAGGGGACUACGGCGAGGGGAAGCAGGGGGGCACGGCCCACCCAGCAGCCAGAGAGGGGUCGGGGGGUGGAUCGGGCGGACCCCUCCCGGGAGCGGAGGGGCAGUGCGGCCCCCUGCAGGAGCAGCAGCGUUUGGGCACCUUUGCGGAGUACGAGGCCACCUGGAACGUGCAGAGGAAGCCGGCGGAGGCGAGGGCUUCUGGGAGGUACCGCUCGGCCGACAACAUCCUGGACCCGGACCCGGACGAGCGUGGCAAGCCUCCGUACGUCCACGAGAGGUCCCGCUCGUCCCCCUCGGCCGAUUUCUACGGAGAGAACGUCCCGGUCCAGGUGAGGAAGACCACGGAGUAUUCUCAGGCGGAGCAACAACCUGCCGGACAGGAGGGGGCGACAACCAGGUUGUCUGACGCGGGCAGGGGUGAGACGCCAGAGGCGGAGCCAAGCGCGGAGCCCGCUGUGAAGGAGGAGCCGGAGAGCGGUGACAGGCCCGUCCCGCUCUCGCACCACCACCAUCCCCACGACGGGCCCGACCCGGGGGACCCUGCCGGGGCCCCGCCCCCGUACCGCUGCCCCGCCCCCGACCCCGCUCCGAAAAAGAAGGGCCCCGUUCCUCAGAGGCCGCCCCCUCCGAAACUGGACAAGUACAGGCGCCUGGGGAGCGCCUCCUCCCUGAGUGACUCUCAGGAGUCGCUGCUCCGAGCACAGGGGAGCACCCGAGCUGCCAGGCCCCUCUCUCCCGGCGCGGAGCGGCCCCUCUCCCCCGCCCGCGACUCCGCCCUCUCCCCGGGCCCCUUCCCCGGGAAGGACCCCCAGCAGGGUUCGGGGCCGGAGGACGAGCACAGGGACGCACACAGGGUCGCCUCCUACAAACCUGAGCCACCACCUCUCCCACCCUCGUCUUCUUCCGCCUCCUCCUCCUCUUCCUCCAAGCCCACCUCCCUCCUCCAACCUUCCAUGGAUUGCCAGCGCUCACCGUCUCCUCAGUUCGCCCCUCAGAGGCUCACAGACAGGCCCCCUGUCUCCCUGCACGACAACGCCCCCUCCAGCAUGGGGAAGCUGACGGAGGGCCACAGCGCGGUGAAAAAGGUUCCCGUCAAGAUCGUCCACCAGGCGGAGAGCAGCAUGGAGAGGGAGGGCCGGCCGAGCCCCCCGCCAGCCGAGCCCCCCGCCGGCCCCCAGCUGGCCCGCCUGGGCCCCUCCGAGCCAUCCUACUCCCUCUUCUCCCCCUACACCCGGCAGAGAGGGCAGGAGCCCGAGGGGGCUCGUGACCUGGGGCCCUCAGGGGCCCGCUCCCCGCCGGGGGGCCCCCAGGAGGCCCCGCCCGUGCAGGAUGCCGCCCGCGAGGUUGCAUCGCCCAUCGGCGGCAGCUCCGAGGAGGACAGGAAGAGGGAGGAGCUCGCCAGGGACAUUCUGGGCAGGGACAAGUCCCUGGCUGACAUCCUGGACCAGACCAAGAUGAAGACCACCAUGGACCUGAUGGAGGGCAUCUUCCCCCAGGGGGAGCAGGUGCUGGAGGAGGCGCAGCAGCGCCGCAGGGCGGCCCCCAAGCAGAGCUCCCCCAGGAGCACCGAGGAGCGGCAAGAGGAGGACAACCUGGCUGCGGCAGUUGGCUUAGUUACUAGCUCCUCCUACUACAGCACGUCAGCGCCGAAGGCGGAACUGCUAAUCAAGAUGAAGGACAUGCAGGACCAGAUCGAGGAGCAGGACUCUGAGGACGAGCUGGACAUUGACCUGGCCAACAAGAAGCACGAGCUGAUUGACAGCCUGAGCAGGAAGCUGCAGGUCCUGCGGGAGGCGCGCGAGAGCCUGCGGGAGGAUGUCCAGGCCAACAACGCCCUCGGCGACGAGGUGGAGGCCACCGUGCAGCGGGUGUGCAAGCCCAACGAGUUGGACAAGUUCCGCAUGUUCGUCGGGGACCUGGACAAGGUGGUCAGCCUGCUGCUGUCGCUGUCCGGCCGGCUGGCCCGGGUGGAGAACGCCCUCAACAACCUGGAGGAGGGGGCGUCGCCAGGAGAGAAGCGCACCCUGACGGAGAAGCGGAAGCUGCUGAUUUGCCAGCACGAAGACGCCAAAGAGCUGAAGGAGAACCUGGACCGGCGGGAGCGCGUGGUCUACGACAUCCUGGCCAGCUACCUGAGCGAGGACGACCUGGCCGACUACGAGCACUUCGUCAAGAUGAAGUCGGCGCUCAUCAUCGAGCAGCGCAAGCUGGAGGACAGGAUCAAACUGGGGGAGGAGCAGCUGAAGUGCUUGACGGACAGCCUGCCCCUGGAUCAGAGGACGCCCUACUGAAGGCCCUGUCUGUCUGCAGUGGCACUC